GGCCUGCCAGACUGAGAGGGAAAGAGGAGGCAGGAGCAGCAGGAUCGUCCAGACUGACAAGAGGAAGGGAGGAAAAACCUGGCCGGACGGAAGGACUAGGGGCCAGUGUGUCCCGAAAAAAGCUGGUGCUGGAAAACACAUUAGAAGAAAAUAGGAAACGUGCCGAUCGAACUGAAGCGGAACACGACUUUUGGACAAGCGAUCGCAGGAUGACCCAGAUAAGUGACAUGUCGGCUUCCCACGUACGAAAAGAACUGCAGCAGCAGAGCCUGACGGCUCAGGGUUCUGGUGCAGAACUGCAUAAAAGCAGCCAUGGAGCCUCGUUCAACUCGAUGGAUACCCUUUCUACGGCGUCUGUGUCUUUCCCGGUCCUUCCACUAGAAGGAGAAGGUGCUGGACGUGCAAAGACGCUGGAGCCGCUCGUCGCAGGAAAGCACAUACAGACGCUAGAAGCCACUGGAAACAAUCAAGUGUCCGGAAAGAGCACAGAGACGGAUUGUUACACAGAAGCAAACGCCCCUCCGUCGCUAAAACUCCCGAAGCGGUUCAGCAUCAGUAAGACAGACACCCAGCCGGGAUUACCGCAGGACAACACGCCUGGAAAUAUGCCUUCGGCAAACGGCACUCCUUUCCCGGAGCGACAACUUUACUACUUGAAUGCACUUGGACAGGGCUCUCCCGAGUAUCACCAACAGGCUAGAGCCCUACAGCCUGCCUACCAACAGACGUUCUACAAUCCACAAAACGGGACGUUGGUCACUCUUCCAAUGUCUGCUCCACCGCUCUCUUACCCGAACGCUGUUAGUGCUACUACCGCUGCCCCUCAGCCUCAGCAGCAACCAGUGGUUCUCAUGCCAGUCAGGCCACAGACUUACUACACGCGGGCUGCCAAUGGCCAGUUGGUUCCGGUGGCGGUUCCAACACUAUCGACCAUUCCCGCAGUGUGUAACAUGGCUGCGAACUCUCAGCAGACCCUGCAAAGAAACACCACAUCCGACUCUACCCCUUUUGAGGAGACUUCUCCGAGGAAGAAACAGAAGACGUCGGCGCAUCCUUCGCCAGAAAUAAAGAAGGCGGAAGAGUUGCAAAGACAGCAUAUUCAGCGUCAAACUUUGUUGUACCCUAAGCUCCAUCAGGAGGUGCAGUCUCCGAAUGUCUCUGAUAUUUACCAGACAAACAACGAAUCUGCGUUAGCGGGCUCUGAAGACGAACACGUCGAGGAGGACGGUGUUGAGAACAGCAUCAAACUGGAAGCCACGAAUCAUGCGGAAACUUGCUCCACCAUGGGAGACACUCCGAUAAUGGUCACUGGCCAGGAUGCUGAAGAUAAACAGCCAAAGUUACAAAAAAUCACCGGUACUGUUUCUUUAGGUGCCUUCACUUACAAAUACAGUCAGACCCUGUCGGGUGAUCCCAUUAAAGACAGGGAGUUGUUUGAUUGUUUGACAGAUAAUGCAUGGAAGUCAUGUAUGGCCAAACGUUGAUCAAUCGGGCCCAUUUCCUUAUCCUUCCCACUUAAGGAUCUUUUCAGGGCCUAUUUACUAUUACCUUUUCACCCUUACUUUCAUUUCUUAUUUAUUUUUAUCUUUUAGCACUUAAUAGCAAGCACAAUUGAUGAGAGAAGUAGACGUCUCAGAGCGCAUCUCCGUCGUUGGUUUUCUAUCUUUAACAUGUCUUCUGUAAAGUUCCGAAGAACAUUCGCUGCGGGUGGGCUGUCC